UCCGCGGGGUCUUAAAAAGUCUAAAAAAGUCUAAAAUUACACAUUUUCAAUUUAAGGCCUAAAAAAGUCUAAAAUAUAGAGAUAUUUCGUAGUGUAAGUCUAAAAUUGCGUUUGAGUAAUUUAAGACCUACGUUUCAAUGCAAAAUAUCGACAAAGGAUUUUUUUUUUUGUUUGUUUUGUUUUUACGUCCUCUUCCACGCCGUUCUGUUUUUUUCUUUUUCUGUUAUGGUGGCAGUUAUGGUCCGUGUAGUUCUACAUGACAUGUGCUGUUAGUGGAACGUACAAUAAUAAAACUACAGAUGUGAAACGGAAAUGUACUGUCGUCACAGGAUGCAGCAGCAAGUGUUUUGAUUCUGUGUGCGAGCAAGGCGGGAAUAGUUACGAAGUAGGAUAACGUCCGAAUGGCAGGAGAAAGUUAAAAAAAAAAAAAGGAUGGGUAAAUGUAAAUUCAACGACAAUUGGCUCUCAAUAGGGCAAUUUGCAGACUGGCUGAAACGCGUUCCCGCUGAUGACAGUGAGGCAUACUGCACGUUUUGCAAAAGAACUCUUAAACUCGGGACCCUGGGCAUCAAGGCACUGGAGUCUCACACAAAAUCCAGCAAACACCAGGAGUCGGCAAAUGCAGCACGCAAUUCCCAUGGAAUUGCCCAGUUCUGUUCAGUAGCGAGCAGCACGUCGUCAAUAAAUAAUACGGGUAAUAUUCGUGGUCUAUUGGGCUCCACUGAUACAAUGAAGGCAGAAGUUCUGUGGGCGCUUAACACAGUGGCUAAACACCAGUCAUGCAGAUCCAAUGACGGCAUCGGAGAGCUUUUCCAAGCGAUGUUCCCCGACUCCACAGUUGCCAAAACAUUCCAAUGCGGGAGAGACAAGACGUCGUACAUACUCCGAUUUGGAGUGGCAGAGUUCGUCAAAAAAGAGCUUAUCUCAAAGGUGACCGGGCCCUUCGUCAUUAUGUUUGACGAAAGUCUUAACCACGCAACAAAGAGGAAGCAACUGGACCUUCACGUAAGGUACUGGGAUGACGGCCAGGUACAGUCCCGGUACCUGGGCUCACAAUUUAUGGGCCAUGCCACAGCAAACGACUUGCUGAAGGAGAUCAAAGAAUGUGCGGGCCACCUGGACCUCAGCAAGCUGAUUUCGAUCUCAAUGGAUGGUCCAAAUGUAAAUUUUAAGUUCUUUGAGCUGUUCCAGGCGGAAUAUGCUGACCUGUACGCUGGUUCUCAGCUCAUAUCUGUUGGUAGCUGCGGGUUACACACCGUACACAAUGCCUUUAAAACAGGCUUCUCAUCGUGGCAGGUGGACAAGAUCCUCAGGGCCUUGCACACAUUGUUGCAUAAUGUUCCCGCAAGACGAGAGGACUACGAGAAGACCACCAGGUCUAUCCGCUUCCCGUUGGCAUGGUGUGGGCACCGAUGGCUGGAAAACCUGCCUGUCGUGAUACGAGCGUUGGAUAUCUGGUCAUCUAUGCUGGUGUACACCAAUGCUGUGAGGAGAAAGGAGCUUCCAAAUCCUGGCACUGGAAGCUUUGCUGUAAUCGAAGAAGCCCAGAAAGAUCCCCUGACUCUACCUAAGCUGCAGUUUUUCAGGAGCAUCGCCCAGCUAUUUGAUCCGUUUUUAAGGAAGUACCAGACUGAGGAGCCGGUGAUGCCUUACCUAGGCAAAGAUCUGGCAGAGUUGAUCAAGAGUCUGAUGCGUCGUUUCGUGAAACGAGAGGUUCUGCAGGACAUCACCACAGCCCAGCUUACCAAACUGGACAUAGGUGACAAGAAUAUCUUGAUGCCGGUGCACUGUGUUGAUAUUGGCUUGGGUGCUGAGGAGGCCCUCAAGAACAGCAAAAGUUCAGACCUCAGGAUUCUUGAAUUUAAAAGGGACUGCAUGCAAGGACUCUCAAGCAUGGUGAAGAAAGUACAGGAGAAGAGUCCUCUUAAGUACAGUACCGUUAGGCAGAUGGAUUGUCUAGACCCCACAGUGAUGAGCAGUGAUCCAGACGGCUGCAAGGCAAAGAUGAAGGGACUUGUGCAGACAUUUCUGCUCAACAGGCAGCUGGCAGGAGGAGUUUGUGCUGGUACUAGGAGUUCUAGAAAGGGCUGAGGAAAAUUAUGCGUGCCACUUUCAGAUAGGCUAGAUGUCUUCCUUCAUGGCUUCAUCGGCAAGGCAUACCCAGAUCUUUGGGCGUUUUGCAAGACCCUUUUACUGCUUUCUCAUGGUCAGGCGUCUGUAGAGAGAGGCUUCUCAGUGAACAAAGAGAUCGAGACGGAGAAUAUGCAAGAAGAAACAUUGGUCGCACACAGGCUUGUUUACGACUACGUUGCAAUACAUGGGGGCGUUACCAAGGUUCCACUUACACCUGACCUAAUGAAAUCUGUCAUGGCUGCCAGGUCACGGUACCGUGUGCAUUUGGACGAACAGAGGAAGAAGAAGGAGACAGAGACACAAGGGAAGAAAAGGGCACACGCGGAGGAGCAGUUACAAGACCUGAAAGUCAAGAGGGACAGUCUACAUAAAGUUACUGAGAGCCUGGGCAAAGAGGCAGAUGAGUUGGCAGAGCAAGCAGAGGGCAAGGCUGGGAGCAAAAUGGCACAUCUGAUUUCAAAAUCAAAUGCUCUGAGGAGGGCUGCCAAAGACAAGCUCUCCCAGCUUAAGGUUCUGGGGGAUGAAAUUGCCACCAAAAGUGCAGAGCUUAAAAGCAUGUAAAUAAUGUAAAUAAUAUGUUUGUUUCAUUGACAAUAAAUGUAAAUUGACGGCAA